AUGAGGCGAUUGUGCAUAGCUACAGCACACGCUUUCCUGUUAGUGUACGCGGUCACUUCGUCCCCGUCCUUAGAUUGUGUUAAGCAGUGCUUUGAGGAAAUCAGGGAACAAAGGGGAGAUUUUCAGGAAAUACCGAUAGUGAUAGCGGGCAACAAAUUGGAUUUAACAUCAACGCACCGCGAAGUCCCUAUAGAAGAUGUAUCGGAAUGGGUUUAUUGCGAAUUACCCAAGCUUAGGGUGAAAGUUUUGGAAUGCUCAGCAAAGGACGACAUCAACAUCAAAGAAAUUUUCCGUACGUUCUUAUCUCUAUCCCGGAUUUUACCGCACGAUACCGAAGAACAAAGUGGGUUAAAAAGACGUUCAAGCGCCUACGUGUCAAACAAAGGAGCCCGACGAAAUGCCAGCCCGGCUCUGGAAAAAGCAGGUCCGUCCGAGAGUAAAGACACCUUGGCGAAGCCCAGAUCCAGAUCGUUGAUACGAAGGGCUUCUAGGAAAGCCAAACAACAGAUGAGAGACGCACAAAGCGGUACCGACGACUGUAAUGUGUCCUAAUUUUUUUUUUAUUAUACCGUAAGAAUUUUUUUUUAUUAAUACGAUAUACAGGUCACUUUCUAAUUAUUGUAAACAGUUGGUGACACAAAAUUAGUUAAAAGCAUAAAAAAGUUGUAUUUUUGACGUUUUGAAAUUCAAAAUUAGGACCAAUUUUUCAUAUAUAG